CCGCCCACUAGGCUUGGGAACGCGGAGCCGCGACGCUCUAUGGCAGUCACGCCUUUCCUCACAAGUGCCGGUUGCAUCAGCCAGGCCCGGGGUCCUUCCAAGGCUGCCCUCUUCCAUGCCUGAGCCAACCCCGAAGCUCCUUGAAGCCAGUCUCCGGGCUAGAAAGAGGCGGCGGGGCCAAUUUGUUUCCCUUUGCGUUUGUCAGCGUCGCCUGGGCCGGGAAGCGACGGCAAGACAACCGCUGUGUUCCGUGGCGAGGGGUCAGGCAGGUUCACCGGCCUCCUAACUUCCUUUCAGGCAAGAUGGCGGGGGACGAGGCGGGAGUGACUCUGGGGCAGCCGCACCUCUCCCGGCAGGACCUGAGUACCUUGGUGAGAAGCGGGUCUCGAAGGGCGGGGGGGCUCGCGGGCACGAGGCGGCGGCGGGCUGGCCGUUGCCCGGGAGCCUGUGCGAAGCCCAGGGGCAGCGAGUGGGAAGGGAGCUGGUGGGCUUUGCCGACUCCCGUCGGGGCUCCUCCUGCCGCCUCCCCUUCCGUCCAAGCGGGGACAGGCGCUCCUCGUGGUUGGGCUGGGAGAGGGAGCCGUUUGGAGAAGGCGGACGCCAAAAGCUUCGGCGGGAAGGGCGGUGGGAUCUGGUGAUCCUGCUCUGGGGGAUCUGUUGCACGUCCGCCCGCUUCAUUCCUCCUCUGGAGGGACAGCUUCGCUUCGUCAUUUGAGUGCCAGUCCCAAGCACAGUGCCCUGGGUGUAGUUGAAAUUCAGCGUUUAGAAGCCUGCCACAGCUAAAUGAGAGUUUUCUGAUGCAUCCACAGUUUGGGGUGUCAUGCAAUUGCGUUCCCUCUCCUCCUCCUCCUCCUCUCACCUCUCUUGCCAUAGCAUAACUAAAAGCAGGGUAGAUAGAAAUCAUCGGAGGGGUAUGUUAAUGGAGACUUGUCCCUUACUUAUAUGUGGGUUCAUUUGGGUAUGAAGUCAUAUUCCUACUAUUUGCUGCCUACCUGCUUCUGUGGAGAGAAGCAAGAUGGCAAUAGUCAAAACGUGCAAAAAGCAGAGGAUGUAGCUUUUGCUCAGUGGCAUGCUUUAAUAUCUUUUGGUAUCUUGUGUAAUGCAACGUGCCAUAAGGUUGAUUGCAAAUGAGUUGGAUCUUGACCUGGCAAUGGAUUGUGCUGCUUGACUAGACUGAGUUUGUCAGUGCAGUAUCUCUCUUACCUUAAACUGUAGUUGGGAACUACAGAGCUCAAUAAUUUACAGAAAAAUCUAACCCCCACCAAGGGAGUUUUCGAUGCAGUGGCUCCAAAGCCACUACUGUUCCAUUCCAAAACCCCUUGUUUCUGGCUGCUUCACAGGCAGCAGCUGAUGGGAACACUGCCAGUAGUAUAGUUCCAGCUGGGUGUAGUGACAAGAGCCUUCCACAUCAGAGUCCCCAGAGUGUCACCUUUACUUCAUCCUAACCCUCUCCAGCAGCACAGGGGUUAGCAUUACACUGUGUUAACAAGUAGCCUAGGGCAACUGACCCAUUUCUCAGCCUGAGUUUUUAACCUAUGAAAUAGGGAUAAAUACCUUCACGUGAGGACGCGGGUGGUGCUGUGGGUUAAACCACAGAGCCUAGGGCUUGCCAAUCAGAAGGUCGGUUCGAAUCCCUGCGACGGGGUGAGCUCCCAUUGCUCAGUCCCUUCUCUUGCCAACCUAGCAGUUCGAAAGCAUGUCAAAGUGCAAGUAGAUAAAUAGGUACCGCUCCAACGGGAAGGUAAACGGUGUUUCUGUGCGCUGCCCUGGUUCGCCAGAAGCGGCUUCGUCAUGCUGACCACGUGAUCCGGAAGCUGUACGCCGGCUCCCCCGGCUAGUAAAGCGAGAUGAGCGCCGCAGCCCCAGAGUCGUCCGCGACUGGACCUGAUGGUCAGGGGUCCCUUUACCCUUUACCUUUACCUUCACGUGAAGACAGUAAUAAUAAAGCAUGCAAAACACUUUGUGCUGUAGACAGGCUGUAUAAUUAAUGAAAGAAUGUAUAACAUGAACAUUUGACAAAUAUUGCAAGUUAAAUAUGAAUGAUUUAGCAUUGUACAACCAAACUUGUGUCACAUUUUAAAAUUUUGCCAACAGCAUUUGUAAAAAUCAGGUUUAAAAAUCCAGUUGUUUUCUUUCCAGUUAAUUACAGGAGGCAUUCCAAAUCCAUUUAUAUCACAAGCCUGGCUGUUGAUUAAAAUGAGAUGUUGGAACAGUGUGUCCUGCAAAAUUGUUUAUUUCAUUCAUAAUAGCUUAACAUGCCCUUGGAUCUUCAUAGACGAGGAAUAAAUAUAAACUCAAUCAAAUAAUUUAUCUAGUGCUGAACUAUAUUGUUAAUCUUCAUUUUGAAUGCCUUUAUGUUCACUAUUGCAAACAUGUUACUGUUUCUUCCCUCUGUAUUCUGAAAGAGAAAACUAAUAUAAACAAUUGCAGGUUUUUUAGCAACUGUAUUUGUUAACAAAGUCUUUCGAAGUAAUAGAAUAUUUCUUUCCUGCAGGAUGUAACUAAGUUGACACCUCUGUCACCAGAAGUCAUCAGUAGGCAAGCUACAAUUAAUAUAGGUAAGUUAAAACAAAUUUAACUGGAAGAGGUUGAAAUAUAUUAAUAGCAUAGCUUCUUGAGCCCGUGGGUCUCUGUGUGAACUGAGAUGCCCGUAAAAAAUACUAAGAGAGUUGAGGUCUUCCAGAUUAAAGUCUCGAUCCAGCGCAGAUUUAGGUGUACUUACCACCCAUUGAGUUUAAUAGGAGUUAGAUGCAUGUGAUAAAAUUGUUUCCUUAUUUGGCCGCAAAUCAAAAUACUGACUAUGCUUUGUCCCGUCCUAAUUACUAAAUUGUCUACUCCUGGAACAUAUCUGCUCUGUGGCUUUAUUUUAUCCCAUUUUUCUUUGUUUGCUAGUUUAUCAGUCUUAAUUUGAGAAACCUAAAUAGCUUUCUUUUGCCUUAAAGUUCAGCAUUAGGCAAACAGAAUUCAUUCUGUAUAUAAUGCCACACUUCCAGCAGGUAGCCUUCAUUUUGGUUUCCAUCAUACUUGUUCUAUAGUGGUUCUUACUUUGAACUGAAGCUAUCACAUUUCUUCAUAGAAGAUUUUCUGAAACCAAAUUAGUUACAGUGGUAUCUUGGGUUAAGAACUUAAUUCGUUUUGGAGGUCCGUUCUUAACCUGAAACUGUUCUUAACCUGAGGUACCACUUUAGCUAAUGGGGCCGCCGCACAAUUUCUGUUCUCAUCCUGAAGCAAAGUUAUUAACCUGAGGUACUAUUUCUGCGUUAGCGGAGUCUGUAACCUGAAGCAUCUGUAACCCAAGGUACCACUGUAUUGUCUCUUCACUUAAUAUGAAGUUUGGUAUACAGAUAAUGUAGCCUGGAGUUGGAAGAAUGUGUCUUAGGGUUGUUUUAGACCUGUGAUCUAUUAUAAACAAAUUAAUUUACUGACCUCACAAAUGGAGGAAUCUAUUGGUUUGGAUACAUAGGGAUAACUAGAGAAACUAGCACUUCUAAGGUAUAGCAGAAAGUGAUGUACAGUAUUUUUACUCCGUAGAGGAUUUUUGUGAAAUUGACAAACAUUUGUUUUUAAAAUCCAGGUACAAUUGGCCAUGUAGCUCAUGGAAAGUCAACAGUAGUAAAAGCUAUUUCUGGAGUUCAUACUGUCAGAUUCAAAAAUGAACUGGAGAGAAAUAUCACUAUCAAGCUGGGCUAUGCCAAUGCUAAGGUAUGUCACUACCAUAUAUCCAACAAAUUGCCUGUUUUGGUUUGAAGCCAUGCUCUUACUAUUCUUCAGUGCAGUGUCAGCUGACCAAUGGUAAAUUAAGCCUUCAUUUUCACUUUUUCUCUGCAGAUUUACAAACUUGAUGAUCCAAGUUGUUCUCGACCAGAAUGUUACCGAUCCUGUGGGAGCAGUACACCUGACGAAUUCCCAACAGAUAUUUCUGGGACCAAAGGGAAUUUUAAACUAGUCAGGUAACAUGAAAUGCUCAACAUAAACAAUUUAGCAUUGGCCCAUAGUUUGUUGUGGUUUUUGCUGUGGGUAUGUGCUUAUAUGGAAUUCAAACUUAAAAUACCCGAUUUUUUAUUUAUUUACCUGUAUUGAUUAAGUCUGCAACCAGUAUUGGUCUUGACAGCAGAAGAAGACUAAUGAGCUGCCCUAAGAGCAGUGCUACAUGUUCAACUGCUUAUGUGGCAAGAAACUCUGAAGUUUGUCUCUAGAAUCUGUUCCAACAGAUAAGGAAGCUAGAAGAGGCUUGAGGUGCUUUCUUGCUCCUUGUCAUUCCUGUGUUAUUUGGAAGGCGGGAAAUGUUAUCAGAUUUGCCUAUGGCAGGCAUGGCCAAACUUGGCCUGCCAGCUGUUUUGGACUACAACUCCCAUCGUCCCUAUCUAACAGAACCAAUGGUCAGGGAUGAUGGGAAUUGUAGUCCCAAAACAGCUGGAGGGCCCAGUUUGGGCAUGCCUGGCCUAUGGCAAAGCAGCUCUUUGCUAGAAGAAAGCUGUUGGCUGUUUGGGCUUUCUCUUAUUACAGUUGUGUGAUUCUUUGCCUUAGCAUGUUUUUGGGGGGAGAGGAAGUAGGGCAAAUUAGUUGCACAAUUUAUGGAAGGAGGAAGCCCUGCAAACCAGUAACUGCACCUCUCUAUAUCUCAGAUGAUUAAGGCUCCAAACUAAGCACAUUUAUUAGGGAGUAAGCACCAUUAAACAUAGUGUGACUUUGUUUUGAGUACAUUUUAAGAACUAAGAAGAAUGUAUCUGCUUUUAAAUGUAUACCGUGCAAAAGUUGUCACUUUUAAUUCUUCAGUUGCUUCAAGAAGCAGAUAUUCUGCAUCUUCUGCAUAUUUGCUUUAAUGUGUGGUUAUUGCAUAUUCAUAAACCUUCAAUUAUUUUAAUUAGACUAAUUAUUAUUUUGCUUCAGAAUAAUGUUGCUUAUUUUGCUCUUCCUUGCACAAUAGGCAUGUCUCUUUCGUGGAUUGUCCUGGCCAUGAUAUCUUGAUGGCUACUAUGUUAAACGGAGCAGCUGUCAUGGACGCAGCUCUGCUGUUAAUAGGUAACUAUUGGAGUGGAGAAAUUUGACAUGGUAUUGAUACAGUACUUCUGCUUUUUAAUAGCUGUUCAGUAUUUUCACUGUUGAUGAAUCCAGUUCUGUAAUCAUAUUUAAGAUGCAUUGAAUUCUGUAUGUUUUCAGUGCUGGAUGUUUAGAUUGUUCCUGUCUAGGAACUGUGACCCACAGAAAUAAUAGGAUGAGAUAUCAUUGUGAUCUUUCAUUAAGGAAAGUGACCAUACUCUAAAACAAUGCAUAAUUAUUUGUUCCUUUGUCUUUCCAGCUGGCAAUGAGUCAUGUCCUCAGCCGCAGACCUCAGAACAUUUAGCUGCUAUAGAAAUCAUGAAACUGAAACACAUUCUGAUUCUACAAAAUAAGAUUGAUUUGGUAAAAGAAAGCCAAGCCAAGGAGCAGUAUGAGCAAAUUCUAGCUUUUGUACAAGGUAGGUUUCUAGAACAAAACCAGUCACUGCCAAGUAGUUUAUUACAAGCAAACACUUACCAUAAAUUCUGAGUUUAGCAGUUAACCGUGUUUUAAAACAUCACUUUGUGUGUUAAUCUAUAUAUUAGUAAAAUUCUGCAAAAGGUUUUAGAAAAUAAGCAUGAAUAAACUUUGGCUCAGGCCUUGAGCAGAUGGGAUGCAAGGACUCCCCUCUUGAAUGCUAAGUAAUGGGUACAGUAAAGGGUCCAUCUAGUAUGUUUGUGCAGUACAAGAAAGGCUUAAGUGCAAAGUGCUUGAAUUUUAGAGAGCUUUCUCUCUUGCACUUCUAAGUGGCUUGGGUGACCAUUGGCAUUGUGCCAGUAUACAGUCACUACACCAGGGAUUAAGAAUGGCAGUUUGAUUUUGGCACUACUGUAUGUACAUCGGGAGCUGGUGUUGGUAAAAAUGUCGAAAUUAGUCCCUUUUGGCUUCUUCCAUGUCCAAGUGGAAGGCACAUUUUACAACCACAGGCUCUUGUGUCAUUGGGUUUUUUUACCUGCCUCAGUCACACAGGUUCCCAUGGUUCCUUUCCUAGUUUCAAAUAUUUCAAAAUAUUCUGUUGGGUGAAACACUUGGAUGUAUUUAUUAUUCUGUCUUUGAAAAAUUGCUUCAAAUAGUCUCACCCAAAAAGAAAAUUCAGUAGUCUUGAACAUAUGAAAUAUGUGUCUCUUAAAAGUCCUCAGAUUAUGGUAAUCUGUGAGAAUAAUCCCAAAUAAAAAGGUAAGGGGCCCCUGACAGGGCUCUCAAGCCGGGAAUGAAUGAUGUUUCAAGAUGGACUGAAUUAGAAGGGAGGCGAUUUAAAUUCAAAAUAGAAUAAUGAUUCUUAGUCAGUGGUGUUCUUUUGCAAAAUCAUCCCAAUCCUCAAUUCUCGCCAUGUGCACUCAAAAAUAGGAUUUGUAAACAAAUAGAAGUACUAAGCAUUAUAUCCUUUCUUUCUGUACCCACAUCCACACAUGAUUUCCAAAACAAUUGUAUUUUCAGAUUCAAAUGCCAAACCUUGACUAAAACACAAUAGAUUUGAUAAUAUUGUUGCACCUAGUGGGUAGGAUUAUGAUUACCCCUUUUCUUUACUAAAGUCUCACAUUUUAAAAUGAAAUCCUCACUUUCUAGAUAGUCUUAACAAUCUGCUUUCCAUCUCUCCUAGUGGAAUUAAUAUAUAUAUUUUUGAGUAGCAGACCUUAUGUUGCAAAUUGCUUUUAAAAGUCUGUUUCAUUUAAAAAGUAAUUUGCCACAUGGUGUGAGAGCUCUUGUUCAGAAAAGGAAAGACCAAAGUUUCUUUGGCCACUAGUUUGUUUGGAUCUUGGACAUUCAUUCUGAAACAUCUGGUUUCCAAGGGUUCAAACUAUUGCAGAUUGUGAUGAUUUUACUAUGAGCCAGGGUUUGUUUUUUUUAAUUUUUUAAAAUUUAGAUUGACUAUUCUGCUUCUACAAACUCAAAACUGCGUGGACUGUUUGCUGAUAAAUAUCACUACUGAAUAUAUAGCUAAAUCAUAUGCAUUAUUCCAUCUUCGCCGCAUCAAGCAGUUGGUCCCUUACCUUUCCCACCCCGACCUGGCCACAGUGAUCCAUGCGACGGUCAUCUCCAGGCUUGACUACUGUAAUUCGCUCUAUGCGGGGCUGCCCUUUAAGCUGUCCCAGAAACUCCAGCGGGUGCAGAAUGCUGCAGCGAGGCUCCUCAUGGGGUCUCUGCCAUGGGAGCAUAUUCACUCAGUGCUUUUCAAGCUGCACUGGCUCCCGGUGGAGUACAGGGUCAGAUUAAAGGUGCUGCUUUUGACCUUUAAAGCCCUUCACGGCCUAGGACCCUCGUACCUACGGGAUCGCCUCUCCCGGUAUGCCCCACGGAGAGCCUCAAGGUCCAUAAAUAGCAACACCCUAGUGGUCCCGGGCCCUAAGAGAGUUAGAUUAGCUUCAACCAGAGCCAGGGCCUUUUCAACUCUGGAUCUGGCCUGGUGGAACGCUCUGCCUCAUGAGACCAGGGCCCUGCAGGAUCUGAUUUCUUUCCGCAGGGCCUGUAAGACAGAGUUCUUCCGCCUGGCCUUUGGCUUGGAGCCAAUUUGAUUCCCUCCCUCUCUUUUCUUUUUUCUUUUCCUUCUCCUCCUGUGAUGAGGCUACAUUUUAAUGUUUCAAUAUUUUAAUUUUGUAUUUUAAUUUUGUUUUUAAGUUGUAAUCAUUCAACUUGUUUUUAUUAUUGCUUGUAAGCCGCUCUGAGCCCGGCCUUGGCUGGGGAGAGCGGGGUAUAAAUAAAAAUUAUUAUUAUUAUUAUUAUUAUUAUUAUUAUUAUUAUUAUAUUGAAGAGCAAGCUUUAGUUUUUGGUGCAAGUGUAUUCGCCCAACAGUUCUGUGUUGUUUUGUAGACUGUAAAGAAAAUAGGCAGAAAGCUUACUUGUGAUAUAGAUAUCUUUUGAACAAUUCACAUAACUGGUGCUUUUAAUACAUUAUUAUCUGUGAAAAUAGGUACUGUUGCAGAAGGAGCUCCAAUUAUUCCAAUCUCGGCACAGCUGAAAUACAACAUUGAAGUUGUUUGUGAAUACAUAGUAAAGAAAAUUCCAGUGCCAUUAAGAGACUUCACAUCAGAACCAAGGCUUAUUGGUAUGUCUGCUUCAGACCUGUCCACUUUUAUGUAGACUCACCCCCUUGCUUACAACAUUAGAUAAACAAUAUUUAGAAUUAAAUAAGAUUUACAAUGCCGUUGUAAAGCAUAUGUAGUGCAAGUACUCAGACUUAAAAACUGAAGAAUAAAUCAUACGUAAAAAAACCAAAAGUAACCAUGCUACUUCAUGUUGGAUUUUUAAAAAACCUUCCAAAACCCACAGGCCUAUCAAAAUGUCACAAAAGAGGUGGUUUUUUAAAAUUCCCUGGAACUCUUUAUCAGGCAAGAUGUUACACACAGCAGAGAUAGAGGGGGAUAAAGGAGGAACAUAGGUGGAAUUUUGCAGCCAUAAAGUCAGCUUGUAGGCUCCAUUCCAAGAUGCGAGGUUACAAGCUGAAUAAAACUGGCAGAUGCUGUGAAUAACAUAGAUUCUGAGCUGCUCCCUCUUGUUUAUGCAGAGCCUGCAUAAACUAGGAGUGUAAAAUGGCCAAAAGAUCUGACCUCUGUCUGUAUCUUUGGAAAGCAACCUAGUCUGUUUUGGAGUUGCUUUGUCUCUCUGUUUUGGCUUGUUAUUCAGGACUAAAUUGGAUUUGUUAAAUAUGAAGCUUUGUUUCUCGUCCAUGGGCUUUUAAGUUUUUCUUUUUGCAUAAGUAGGUGAAAAUUUUCAUGUAUAGAAGCCCCUUCAGAGUGGACUAAGCCUGCCAGAUUGUAGACAGAAGCAUUUGCGGGGAGUUUUGUGCAGGGUGCUUUUUAAAGUUCAUUUAAAAACAAACAAACAGGAAAAGUAUUAACGUUUACAUUUUCCGCCAAAAUUGUAUACAAUUUGCAGGCAUCUUUGCCCUGUGAGAGGUGAUGAAGCCUGCCACAUUUUAGAAUGAUAGCUGUAUAGGGUGGACACAAUAGGAAUCUUAAGGGGGCUGUGGCUGGUGAUGGAAAAAAGUAUGGCUCUCCAGGAAAUACUGGGGUGGGGUAAAUGUCACCCCCAGCAAGGACCCUGUUAUGUCAAGGGGUGGGGGACUGCUGCCCUUCUUGGAUUUGUGGAGAUACAGUGGAGAUCUCUCUAUUGACUUGCAUUGAGGAAGGCAGAUACAUGUGACAAAUCCCUUCCCCAGAUCACUGAUUGGAGUGCUCUAGGAGAAUAAUUCACUGUGAUUCAAAUCUAGACCCAUCUCCCUGCUCUCUACCUCAUCCCUUCUGGAGUUCGGGGCAUGUCCCUACUUAGUUUGGUUUCAUUUCUCAGAAGAGAGAAGAAAAACAGGCGUGCUCGGAAGCUUAAAGUAACCUUUUAUCUGACUUGAGAUGCCUUGCUCACAGCUUACUCCAACCCAGAAAUAUGAGAAUCGUCCCCAAAUCAUCUUGGUUUAUCUUGUAAUUGGAUAUGCACAGACCUGGAGCAUACUCCUAGGAUAUACCAUGUUUAAUGGUAUGACUACAAGCAUAUUUACUGGGAAGUAAAUCCUGAUUCAGAUGGAUGAGUUUAGGACUACAGCCUACAGUAUGGUGCAAGUAGAGAUUCAAUAUUUUUAGAGGAUACCAUUAAAUUUUGAAGUCAUACACCACAGCGCUAUUCAGGCUUGUGCAGGGCAAAUACUAACCCAGUGAAAUGUUUCUUGUCCUUUAGCAGUUGGCCUCCACAUCACAAACUCAUUUUGCACCUUCCCUCAGAUGAAGUUUGAACCGAAGCCUGGAAAAAAAUGAAAUAUCCUUGGGCUCAUUAACCUAGGAACAUAAUUAUUUGUAUUCUGGAUUCAGUCAUUCAGUUUCUUCUAUCAGACAUAUGUACAUAAGCAUAUGAUCUACCGGAGAAGUACAGUGUUCUUAGAGUUCCUAGGCACAGAUGUGUGUUUUUGAGUCUUUGCUGUGGCUUCUGCAGACUCCUGAAGUCACUUCUACAUAAUCCAUUUUAGCACUAUCAAGAUGUUGUGAUGAUAAGCAAGUAUUUCUGUCUUAAACUUAUAAAUGCACUCUGGGUUGUAAUUUAGAUUGGCUCCAAAGGUUUUCUUCUUUCUCUUGAUAGAGCCCACCCUGUAUCCAACGAUUUGUAAAAAUUGUGUUGCUCGGUUUUAUCUGUCUAGUCUUUCAAAUGAUACAACUUCAACUAAUCAGUUUAAAGAUUGAAGAAUCUAGGUUUAAUUGAUAGCAGGGUUUUUUGCUUUGCUUGAAGCGCUCCAUGAGAUUUCCAUUAUACUUUCAUCUGAACAGUACAUUGUAACAAUAGGUAGGCAUUAAAGGGCCCUUGAAAUAAUUUAUUGUGUGUUAAGUCUGUCCGCUGACUUAUAAAAAUUGCACCUUAAGUUUUGUGUGCUUGCCACAGUCACAUGGGAACAGCAUUACGUAUAUACUUUGGUCAGCAAGAAAAAUUUGUUGGGAGUAAAAGAUUGAUGCAGGCAUUUACUGAAUGUAUCUGAUUAGAUGUAUCUUUUCAGUUAUUAGAUCUUUUGAUGUCAACAAGCCUGGAUGUGAAGUUGAUGACCUGAAAGGAGGUGUAGCGGGCGGUAGUAUUCUAAAAGGUGUAUUAAAGGUAAUGCCAUUCUUAUUUCACUGCUGCUUCCCCAGAUGCUGCGUGGCAAACCACAGAACCUGCAUUUAUGCCGAGGAAGAAAUAAACAUUGUUUAAAAUUGUAUCCUGAUAGCACUUAUAACCAGGAUCUGAAAAGGGUUUUUUAUAUGAGCCCCAAGGCUUAGAUGUGACAUGUAAUUUUUUAUUUUAAAAAAUAAAUCCUUGGAACAAGAGGUUUUAAUAUUAAAUCACAAACUAUUCAUGGUGCUCCAUUUUGUUUCAGAUGCAGUUUGUCAUGAGCCAUAGAAGGGCUUGAUGAAAAGACCAAAAUCUAUCUUGGGGUAUUGAAACUAGUUUCUUUCAACCAAGCCUCAUGUCUUCACAUCCCUAUUUUGAAAACCCUAAUUCUCUUCUUGGUUUUGCCCAUAUAAACAUUUCUCUCUCAAAAAACAAAAUUGUUAUAUCAAAGCAAGGUUAAUUUUAUGAUACUACAGAUAGAAAGUCUGUAACUUGAUACAACUAUGAGUAACCCUUCAGGUUUUUUAAAAUUAUUAUUUAUAAACUAGGUAACUAGCAUCUUACUGGCAUAGAGCACCUUUAUUUUCUUUUAAUAUUCUGUCUUUUAAUCUGUUUAUAGGUAGGCCAGGAGCUUGAGGUAAGACCUGGCAUUGUAUCGAAGGACAGUGAAGGAAAACUUAUGUGCAAGCCCAUCUUUUCCAAAAUUGUAUCACUCUUUGCAGAACACAAUGAUCUGCAGUAUGCUGUGCCUGGAGGGCUUAUUGGUAAGUUAUAUUUGAUAUUUAUGCCACACCUAUUUAAGAGCCGUAGGAAGUGUAACAUAAAUUAAGAGCGCAUCUAUAAACGAACAUAACUGUUCAAACAUCUUAAUUAAGAGAGAUUUCUUUACAGGAUUAUUCCAAGAACUUCUCUAACACAUAUUGUGUAGGAAUGUGCUGGCUGGUGGUAGCUAUGUACAUUCAUAGCACGUAUAUUUAGUUGCAUACCCAAUAUUUGAAUACUGCAGUUAACUUGUAGAAUAUGCACAUAGAUGCUUUACAGAAUGUAGAAUUGUGGGCAAGAAGUGUACUUUGUUUUUUUCCCGUUCACUAAUAGCUGUGCCUCUUGCCUGAGAGGGGAGAAAACUAUCAUUAUAGCACUUUAGUUGUUCUGCCCUUUAAACGAUUUAAAGAGGCUGAUUUCUCUUCAGUGUUGGUGUUUCACUGUCAGCAGUGCAUGUAGCACUCUCACUUUCUCUCUGGAGAGAGUGUGCUUGAAGAGACAACUUGGGAGUCCCUCAUCUGAAAUUUAGAUGUUAUGACAUAUUUGAUAUUGGAUAAAAUAUCCAAUUCUGAAGAGGAAUUUAAGUAUAUAUGUGGUUUAGCCAGCAUGGCAGAUUUUGAGAGAAUCUAUUGGUCACAUAGCUUUUGAUGUAACUUAAGUGUUUUGUUGUUAGGUGUUGGCACCAAGAUUGAUCCAACUUUGUGCCGAGCUGAUCGAAUGGUGGGGCAAGUUCUUGGUGCAGUUGGAGCUCUACCUGAAAUAUUCACAGAACUUGAAAUUUCCUACUUCUUGCUGAGGCGACUGUUAGGUGUCCGCACUGAAGGAGACAAGAAAGCAGCAAAGGUCGGUUAUUAGGCACUUUCCAUGUAAAAAUACUGGGAAGAAUUGAAAUUCUUCAUCUUUCAGUACUUGAAAAGGGUGCUUAUAUAACUUAAAUGACAAAAGAGUUGUAUCUGAUUUUCCUUUACCACUUAUUUCAGGUGCAAAAACUAUCCAAAAAUGAAGUUCUAAUGGUAAACAUAGGAUCACUGUCUACUGGAGGACGAGUCAGUGCAGUGAAAGCUGAUCUGGGCAAAAUAGUCCUAACAAACCCUGUGUGCACCGAAGUAGGAGAAAAAAUUGCCCUUAGUCGAAGAGUUGAGAAGCAUUGGCGGUAAGUUGGUUUGAAAUUUUAAAAAUGUCAAAAUGAUAUUCCUAGAUGCGUGGGUUCUUGCCCAUUAGUAGUUCUAAUAUAUGAGAACCGGAGAAAAGAUUGCAAAAUGUAAGGCAGGAUUGAGCCUCUCCAUUACAGGCAACAUGCAUGAAAGCAUCAGCUAUUAACAAAAGUGUGUCUUCAUUAAUUGCUUUGUUCAUAAACUACAAGCCAUCAUCCCAUUCUAUGACACACUUUGUCCAGAAUAACUUUUUUAAAAUAUGUACUUACAGCUUUUUAAAUGCAACUUCCAGUAAUUGUCAACUUUUUCUCUGUUUUGCAGUUUAAUUGGCUGGGGACAGAUUAGAAGAGGAGUGACAAUCAAGCCCACAAUAGAUGACGACUGAAAAGCUGAAAUGCAUUGCUUCACUUUGUAAAAGCUGAAGUGUUUCCAUACACCUUGAGAGUGCAUUUUCAGAGUGGAAGCUGUUGUACAAUGUCCACAUUAUACUGAAAAUCAAGCCUCUUAACUGAAAUUCUAGUUGGUAUCUGCAAUAAAUGUGUAAAAGAAAUUGGCAAAGACGGAUUUAAUUAUCCUCACUUACAGCAAAACUAAACUUGACUCAUGUUUAAUUUAUGUCAGUUUGUCUGAGACUCUCUUUGGGGCUGGCUUACCUAACUUUAAACAAUGUAACACAAUACCCCACAAUCUGUUUUGAAAUAAAAAAUAUUGCUUAUUUUUUCAUUUAAUUCUUACAAGUCUUUGAGUAGCAAAAAGCUGAAAAGAUUGUUGAACCAGUGGAAAAAAUAAUAAUAAACACUCCUUGGAAGAUCAGUCCCCUUUCUUGCCCUAUUGUUUAGCUUUCAGGCUUCUAGCAAAUAUUUUCUUUCUGCAAGUCACUGUAUUUUUUCUGUUUAUAGUUGAGAUCACUAAGAAUCACUGAUUUUACUUACUUUGUAGAUGUUUCUAAAACCACAAGGACAUAAAAUAUUGUUCACAUGGAAUGCGAGACAGUUCUCACACUUUAAAUGUUUGCUUUUAAUAAUGGUCAAAGCAGAUUCUCUAAAAAGAAGAAACUUAAUUGCAGUCCUAUGAGUUUCUUAGAUAAGUGACUGUAUGUGUGAUCAAUAUGCCCUUGGAACAAUACAGUGGUACUUCUAGUUGCAGACUUAAUCUGUUUUGGGGCGCCAUUCGCAUCCGAAAAUUCCACAACUAGAGUGCCUCUUCUGCGCAUGUACGCAGUGCAAUCGAGCGCUUCUGUGCGUGCGCGGCCAGUGAACCCAGAAGUAAACACUUCCAGGUUUGCCACGUUCAUAAGCUGAAAGUCCGUAACAAGAACGGAACGCAACGUGAGAUAUGACUGUAUUAAUAUUAAAAUACAUGGUAUUUAGAAAUCCAUGUUUAGAAUUGUCAUGUGAAUAGGUUUCCAUCUACAAUGGAUCAUUUGAGUUGGAAGAGCAUGUGAAUAUCAGGGUUCACUUAGGAAAUUGUGUUGUGGAUAGAAUUUGAACCCACUUAUUGGUACAAAAUUCAUAUAGCUCAACAUCGAUCCUAAAUUGUAACAGCGAAAACCCUUGAGAAUAAAUUAACUAUGCCAUUGC